CCCUGCGGGUGUGUGGUGCGCGGAGAGCCCGGGAGAGGCUGCUGAGGUGCUGGGCCUGGUGUUCCCCGCGGGGCGGGCAGCCCUCGGUGUGCCCGCUGCCGUCCUGCUGCUGUGCCGCGGUCCCCGUCCCCGCCCUGGCCCCGCUCCCGAUGGCAGCCACCGCUGGCCACUGCUCUUUCCACUCCUCUUUGUGUGCUGCUUCUGUUUUUUCCGCUCAGCAGCAUCCCGACUGUCGGCCCCUGUGGCUUACUUCUUUAGCAUCUCCAGGCAAGAAGAGAAACCCUGGCCUUAAAAUCCCAAAAGAAGCAUUUGAACAACCUCAGACCAGUUCCACGCCACCUCGAGAUUUAGACUCCAAAGCUUGCAUUUCUAUUGGAAAUCAGAACUUUGAGGUGAAGGCGGAUGACCUGGAGCCUAUAGUGGAGCUGGGCCGGGGGGCGUACGGGGUGGUGGAGAAGAUGCGGCAUGUGCCCAGCGGGCAGAUCAUGGCGGUGAAGCGGAUCCGGGCCACAGUAAAUAGCCAGGAGCAGAAAAGGUUACUGAUGGAUUUGGAUAUUUCCAUGAGGACCGUGGACUGUCCUUUUACGGUCACCUUUUAUGGCGCACUCUUCCGUGAGGGGGAUGUCUGGAUCUGCAUGGAGCUCAUGGACACGUCCCUAGAUAAAUUCUACAAACAAGUGAUUGAUAAAGGCCAAACAAUUCCAGAGGACAUCUUAGGGAAAAUAGCAGUUUCUAUUGUAAAAGCAUUAGAACAUUUACACAGUAAGCUCUCUGUCAUUCAUCGAGAUGUCAAGCCUUCCAAUGUGCUCAUCAACACCCUGGGCCAGGUGAAGAUGUGCGAUUUUGGAAUCAGCGGCUACCUUGUUGACUCCGUCGCUAAAACUAUCGAUGCAGGAUGCAAACCGUACAUGGCCCCCGAGAGAAUAAACCCAGAGCUCAACCAGAAGGGAUACAGCGUGAAGUCCGACAUUUGGAGUCUGGGCAUCACCAUGAUCGAGCUGGCCAUCCUCCGGUUUCCCUAUGAUUCGUGGGGAACUCCUUUUCAGCAGCUCAAACAGGUGGUGGAGGAGCCGUCGCCACAACUCCCGGCAGACAAGUUCUCCGAAGAGUUUGCUGACUUUACCUCACAGUGCUUGAAGAAGAAUUCCAAAGAGAGGCCAACAUAUCCAGAGCUUAUGCAACAUCCAUUUUUCACCCUACACGAAUCCAAAGCGACAGACGUGGCAUCUUUUGUAAAAUCGAUUCUUGGAGACUAAAAACAAUGGACUCCAUCAGUUGACCCUCCUGUGGAUUGGGAAAUAAAACCUGAAUUCCUGAGCCUUCAAAAUGAAACUAUCCUUCUGGGGGAAGCAUAUUGCCACCAAAUACAUCACUCACCACCUGUUCCUGGUUUCUGCAAAGAAGAUGUGUCAGUUUUCUGAGGUUUAGAGAGUCUGUGUUUACAGCUCUACAAAUAUCAUUCUACCAUUGCAGGUUUUCUAAUGGAGCCAUUUGGAAUCAAGACUUCAGCUGGGGUUUAUUCUUUUCAGUUCCUGACCCAAACUCCUUUUGCAAGCAACAUUUCUCUAAAAGCCUUUUCUGUAUCUGAGGGAAGAGAACUGAGGGAAGAGAACUGGGCCUCAGAAAAAACAUAAAGCAAGGUCAAGGACUUUGUGAUAGGGAUUCUUUUCUUUAAAAAGAAGCCGAUAGCACCUCAUAACACAAACAUGUCUUAACAGAAUUUAAAAAUAUCCAGCCUUGUUCCCUUGGACUGUCAGUAUCUUGACAUCACUUGUAUUUGUCAUUUGAACUAGGAUAUCAAGCCCUUUAUUCUUGGGAGUUUACAGUUGGAUUUUGGGAGAUUUGCAUUGUAUUUCCUUCUUACAGUUGUCAGUAUGGACAUAUGUCUCUGUGGACACUUAAUCCUGACACACUUUUGCAUUUUGGGUUUCAAGGUCUCUUUCGAGGAGUGAGGCUAACGCUCUUAUGACUUGGAGAUGAGUUCAGGGAAAGCACGGGGCAGUUUAGGCACUUACUUGUGUCUUAAUAUAGGAAAAAACAAAACAAAACAGAACUUCCUAAGUAAUCCCCAGGGUCUGUGGCUUCGGCCAGGCCAUCAGGGUCUUUUCUGUUUUUCUUGAGUGCAUUUGCUUGUUAUUCCUCUGCCGGUUACAGAUGAACUGGGCUGACUUAACACUUCUGUGGAAAGGAAGUGAUCCAACCAUUUUCAUAUAUCAAAAGUCAGAAUCAGCAGUUUUGCACUGGUCUUGCCUACGUGGACUCUAUUGUUCUCAGAUCGUGAAAUGGUGAGGGACAGCUAAGAGAACUUGUAGCAAAGCUCUCAUUCACAAUAUAAGACCUUAUAAUAAAACUUCCAUUUGGCCUUUAAAGAAGAGCAGCUGGGUUGGCUACGUCUUCCUCCAAAGUCACAUUCUACUCUGGCCAGAAAUGAACAAUUAGCAUCAUUUGGUCACUACCAGUGUUUGUAUUGGAGCCUGCAAGCUAUUUCAAUACAGCAAGUCAAGCCACUGCCCUAGGGGAUUGUCAUCGGACUUUGUAGUUUCAGGCUGAACAGUGAUGUGAAACUGUGCUUGGGGGCUCGAAGAAAAGAUAAAUGCAAAGGGCUGGCACCCCAUGGAAGAGCAAGCUGAUAAGAGAAGCAGACAGAUAUAUCCCUUAAUUUAUUUUCAGUAAUACUAUAAAGAUGAUCUCCUAUGGGAAAACCUAUCAAAAAGCCAAGCCUUUAUUAUUAUUUUUUUCUUCAAAAUACUGAACUAUAAGAGGAUUCAGAAAGUGGCAUAGAUUUGGAUAUCAGAGAAUUUUCUCUUGUUUCCCUAGUGUUACUGAUUCUACAGAGACCAUUUAAACUGAUGGCACCCAGAAAAAAAGGUACAUGAUUAGAGGGGUGAUAAAGCAUUUUGAGAGUAUGCAACCCAUCUAUCAGCUGCCUUCUGGGUAAAGAAAAAUGAACACAAAACCGAGCCCCCUAACGUUUAGUUCCGGGGGCAAACAUUUUUAAGAAAGGUGGACACCAAAGGUUAUCUGAUGAGCAUACUUUUUUCACAAUGCAGAGAACCGUGAAUGUUCAUAGAAAUACACUACAGGUCUUCACCAGAAGAGCUAGAAUUUAUAAUUAAAAGAAAAAAAGCUAGUUUGAAUUUUCAGAAGCAGUGUGGAAGAAGUGGUUGUUCUAUUUUCUUUUCUUCUGAUCUCAAGUGGCCUACUGUAUGUUCAAUUCUCGGGGAGGUAAGAGUUAAGGGCACAGAAGUUGUUUCCAGACUAUAUUCAUUGGUGCUUCUGGGGUGGGGGAGGGGUCUCGUCGAAGCGGGAGGGAAGAGAGUGUGAUAAAGGUCAACCUUGCCUAUCUGAAACCCCUGUCAAACUCCAAUCAGAAUAUUUGGCUGUCAAUAUCGUUCCCUUUAACUGGAAGUCUCUGUGGCUAUUAAAGCCUUGGGAACUUAGGAUGAAAUGACCCAUCGAGGACCACAAAUAGCCCAAGAAUCUGGGAGCUGUGUCUUCAACAAUAUCUGUGCGUCCCUGAUGUUUGCUGUCUGGAGUAUGCUAACAGGACUUGGAAGCAGAAGGGCAAGAGAGGGUCAUGUAUGUUCAUUUUCAAGCAUGAAUCAUUUGAAAGAAAGCGUAGACAUUGACCUGUGACGGCCGUGCCUACAGAUCCUUAAGUUGGUUACUACUGUAAAGUGGCUGAGGGUAACCUGAUCUCAGUGACAAGGAAGUGUUGUCACUGGGAUCUUGAUGGGCAGUGGAAUUUCUAAAUUUCUACAUUUGCAGAGGCGGGAACUGUCAUUUUUGUUCAUUGACACACAGGAAAAAAAUAAAGCUCUUUGGACAGUGUUAGCAUGGAGAAGGGUGCGUUCUGAGGCUCAAGCUGAAGGUCACCACUGCUGGGUUUUACAAAGGCUGCAGGUGGAGAACAGGAGUGGGUCCCAGGGUGGCCCGUGGGAGCUGGAAACUGAGACAGUGUAUCUGUCGUGAAUGGAGCGCAAGGGAACAGUCAGACAUCGAACGGAUCGUAUCAGGUGCCUUCCGCACACUCAUCAAAAAUCUGCGGUGAAUCCUGACAGCGGUACCUUUGCCAUCAAACCAAAUUUAACAGCUGGGGCUCCACAGCAGCCAUUUCAGAACAACUAUUUGUGUCAAAAAGUUACAUGUGGCAACAAUUUGUCGCGUUCGCAGAGCCACCCGAGGAGGCUCGAUUAAGAAAAUUCAGACAAUUUAUCCGUCACCUUAUCCAUGUGUUUGUUUUAUUCUCUAGUCUCAAAUUUAUUUUCUGAGUGGAGUGACUUUUCUCUAUGAACUGGAAUGAUGAAGUGAUGUUUUAAUAAAAUAGGUAUUUUUAGAGGAAAAAUGUUUUCCUUCUGUAAUUAACUUCCACAAUUGGGACAUAUUUCCUACACUACGGAAUCAUCACGUGGGGUCAUUUAAAGCUGAAAGAGGGGUUGGGGUACAUCAAUAGUUCAAAUUGUUUAUUUAAAUACAUGAACAUUUUUCUAUGUAUUUUGUGAAAAUAUUGAUGAGAUGCUAGAUAUAUACCUACUAUAUGGAAUUGAACCUUACAAGAACUUUAGUUUGAUAAGUGGGGUUCCCCAGCUUCCUUUGUGCCUCAGUUUUACUGCUGAAAAUGCUGCUUUCAUUUAUUAAUCUGGUCUUCGUAUGGAAAAAAAAAACAAAACACCUUUUUCUUACCUUGUGUGAAUUUUAUGAGAGGCCUUUUUUAUUUGUAUAUAUGAUUGAUUGUUUUCCUGUGUUGCACCCCAACUUUGGUUUUAAGCCAUGUUUAUUGUAAAGACAGCUGUUGGGCAAGUGGAAACAUGCCUGGUCUUUACAAUCCCUUGAUGCUAGAAGGAAGUAAUUCUAGGUGCUGGUUAUUAGGAGGCCCUGCUAUCUCUUCCUGGAACCUGAUAGAUUCUGAAAGGAGAUCGGAGAGGUUUCGAAACCCGCCUCUGGCUCUGUGUCUCUGGAGAGUGUGAAAUAGAAGACUGACUCCCAUUUUGUGGAUUCCCUCAUCUUUCCUGCCAUGUAGAGCAUACUGCUACCUUUCCUGGUGAAACUCAUCUCUUCUUUGUGGAUUGCCAUAUCUUUUCUUUAUGGCUGAGGUGGGCUGGGCUGUAAAGUAUGCAAUUCAUUGUAAGUUUAUCCAGUAAAGACCUCUGUGUAGGUCUGAGUGAGUAAAGACCUCAGUCUUUACUGGUGAGUAAAGACCUCAGUAAAGACUGUGGAUAGAAUGUUUCCAUGCCUUUGAGGUGCAUGUUACAUCUACGUUUUGGCCUUGGGGACUUUUUGCUUGUGAGAUGAAGAAGGAAAGAAGAACUUGGGGGGUCUAUCCUUAACUCUGUGUGUGUUUUUCUACAUGGAAAUGUGUGCGGCAGCUUCCUUAAGGGGAAAACCUUCCUAACCAUUGUAUAGGGAAAGGGGAAUUAUGAAUAUCAAUUGAUAACUUCCAGCCAAAGCUUCAGUAUUGUAUUUAAAAAUACCUGUUUUGAGGGGACGUGUACCUUUUGUUGUCUUUCCCGUGUUAGCUUUGGUGGGGGCGGGGCAGGCAUCUUCACUUUAGCUUAGCUUUCCUGUUACCCAGGUUGUGUGCACUGCUGUUGUUGUUUUCAUUUAAACUACCGCUUAUUGUAAUUGGUGAUGUUAUCUCAAAAUCUCGAAACCAAGGAAAUACUGGGCUGGCCAAAAAGUUCGUUCCUGGAAGCUAAUGCGCAGGACUUGAGGUAGAUGCAAGUAUUAGCGUUGACGUAGGUUAAGUUUUAAUAGAGUUACCAGAAAUAUCCUGGAUUGAGGGAUAAAGUGGCUUUAAAGAGGUCACGGUUGUUUUUCAUAUUGGGAGAAGCCACCUGUCCUAGGUCCUUAUUCUUGAGAAAUUCAUCUUUUCAUGUAAAUACCAUUGGUGGGCAUACUUCAUAGCCUGGAUGCUUGGCCCCUAGCAGUCAGUAAACAAGGAGUUAUAAUAAUUGCCAAAGGUGGGAGUAAUUUUCUCUGACAUAGGUCAUUCAGUGGUGAAAUUUCCAAUCAGACUAUCAUGCACAAAGCAUAAUUUUAAAAUCCCCCCCCCACCCUUUCUGAUCUGAGAGCACAGGAAACGAAGAACAAGGUUCUGAUGUGCCGCGGAACAGUUCUUUGAAUCUGUGUUUUUGACCAAGGAAAUGGCUGAGGCGUCGAACCACGUGAUUAUUACGUGGCUUGUACGGCAACCGCUCUGGCCUCCCUCCCACCACCUCAAGGAAACUGAGAAUUUUCAAAGGAAAAUGAAAUCGGGAGAUUAGGUCACACUUGGACUCCUCUGUGGAUGAAGAGCUGACACUGAUUUCCUAUCUCAGGAUACUCUUCGGUUUCCUACUGCUGCUGAGAACGGGCUGCAGACACUGUAUCUGGUCUCCGGAUGUUUGUGCUCGUGUGUGUAAGGCUUCACUCCAGGGGUGUUGUUUUCCAUGUCGGGUCCAUCUAUGAACUGACUCGAUAACGUGAUGAAGAUGGAGGAGAUAGUGACAAUGUCAAAUGACAGCCCGCCACCUCUUUCCGCCAAAGUGCUUGCCCUGUGUUCAUGGCUAGGACAAAGAACUAAGUCUGCAGGAGCCAGGUGGCCUCAAAAGAAAGGGUGUGUUGAUCUCACAGGAGAAUGUACAACCAAUAAAAGACAUUUCAAAAAGGGCAGUGAAUCUAUAUUAAUUGGGUU